AUGAUCGCAAUCCGAGAAUCUGUUGUUCCGGUGGCAACCUGCUUCUUCUUUUUGUUGUUCAGAUUGGUUUCCCAUGCCACCGCCACCGAUCAUCACCAACAUAAACGAGAUCCUUUGGAUAGCCCGAACUUUGUCCUCUUCUUUGUGGAUGAUCUUGGCUAUGGAGACCUUGGAUUCAAUGGUCACCCCACUACAUCAACUCCCAACAUUGAUCGCUUGGCUUGGAAUGGAAAGAUCUUGACUACCUGGUAUUCAGGUUGUUCCGUAUGUUCCUGCUCGAGGGCAGCUCUCAUGACAGGCCGCCAAUAUACCCGUACAGGUGUCAGAGAAGUGUUUAGUCCUGUGGCGAAAUUGGGGCUUCCUUUGGAAGAAGUUACCGUGGCGGAGCAGCUCAAGAAAGCCAACUAUACCACCGCCAUAGUGGGCAAGUGGCAUCUUGGUCAACGCUUGACCUACUUGCCAGGAAGUCAGGGGUUCGAUUACUACUUGGGGAUUCCAUACAGUGAUGACAUGGGAAAUGGGCAAAGAGGAGCAUGCCCAAGUGCAGAAGGGGAGCAAACUGGAGCAUACAACGACGAGGACGUGGAACCACCAGAGAAAAAAUCCCCACGCCCUCCUCAAGACAAUGACUAUGCGUCAUGGUAUGUACCGCUUGUUUAUCAAGAACACAACAAGACCAGAAUUGUGGAGCAACCCCUGAAUUUCAACACAUUGGCACACAAGUACAACCACUUUGCAACCAAGUUUAUUGAAGACAACAAAAAUGAUCCGUUUCUCCUCUACUUUCCAUUCUCCCACGUCCACACAACAACUUCGACAAAUGAAAAUUGGGAGGAAAUGCCCAACUCACAGUACUCAUCCUGUGAGAUCCGAAAUGUUACCAAACGAGGUGCCUUCGGGGAUGCCUUGGCGGAAGUGGAUUGGAUGGUUGGCAAUGUGUACGAUGCUCUCAAACGAUCGGGGCUAGAGGAAAACACGUUGAUUCUCUUCACUAGUGACAAUGGACCUUGGACCCCAAAGGGAAGCGAUGCAGGAAGCUAUGGCAUCUUCAGUGGCAAGUAUGCCGGCUAUCCUUGGACUGGCAAGGCCAGCACUUGGGAAGGGGGAAUCCGAAUGCCAGCAUUUGCCUACUGGAAGGGUCAAAUUGAACCUCUUAGCAGGUCAUCUGAAACAAUCAGCUCCAUGGAUGUCUUCCCGACGUUUUCGCGCCUUGCCAACGUCUCUCUGCCUGCUGACACAGUUCUUGAUGGACGUGACAUGUCCGACAUACUUCUGAGGGAAGAGGGAGUUUCCAAACACGACUUUCUCUUCUUUUAUGGUUUCUGCAACGGCGCAUGGCCCCGCAGUGGAAUCACGGCAGUUCGGCAUGGACCGUAUAAGGCCCAUUUUUGUACCAAACCAGGCUUUGGGGGCAAUGGGAAAGCCAAACGAUACGAUAACUAUCCAUUGCUCUUCAAUGUGGAGAUGGACCCUAGUGAAACAUUUCCAAUUUGCGAAGGCGAAACUUUGCCAAAAAAUGACCCAGAAGCUCGGGCCGCCAUUCAUCGAAUCCAGCGGGCCUAUGCCAUGGAGAAAGCAACCUUUGAGUACGGCGAUGUUCCAAACAUUCUUCCAGGUCGUGGCGAAGGCCCACACCACUAUGGCUUGUGCUGUGAUAGAGAAAAACACUGCAACUGUGAAUCCAUCUGGGAUCAUGAGUUUCAGAGCAGACUCUUCAACGUCGGGUCUGCUGCCCACCAUUCCAAGUACCAUGGGAUUCUUGGGGAAGAGAAUCACAUGGAGAACCAUGAAGAGGUAUGAGUACACUAUGCCCGGUGACAUACCUCCAAAUAAUUUGGAGCAGAACUGCUCGCAACUGCGUAGAAAAGGAAUAAACACUGAUAUGCAAUAAUCAAUGCAACUAAC